GGCCGGUGUUAAGUUAUUCUGUGCGCUAAUUAGCUAGCUAGUGCACAACAACCUCUGGUGUCAUAGUGUCGUGGCUGAAGAGACAACUGGCAUUGUCGUUCAAAUACUAAAUAGGCCUAAGUUCAACAGGUUUAAUCGAAUUUGACGCGAUGUUUUUCUCACAAGACAUUCUUCAAAGACGUGGGGGAAAGUUUGGGAUAGUUUGGCUUGCAGCUACAAAAUGUACACCUGUGUCUCUAUCAAGACGAGAUUACUGCACAGUAAGCAUUUCUAAAACAUGUGAUGAUAUCUUGAAGUACAUUUGCCUUGAGGGUCAGCCACUUAAACCUCAUGGAGCUCGCCCACGUCUCUCACUUUACCUGUCUUCACAGCUUAUGUUCGGUGUGACCAGAGUAUACAGAAAACAAGUGGAAUUUCUAAGCGUUGAAGUUCGAGAUCUAUACAUGCGAUUUGCUUCAGCUAAACAGAUACUGCAAGCCACUGAGGAAGGGACAGACUUGGCAAAGAUCCGGAUGCAAAAGACAAGUGGAUUUUGUACGUUGCAAGACCCAUUAAUUGACAUGAGGGAAUCUGAUUUUGGAGUAAUGCGAUUUCAAGAUGAGAGAGCUAUUGACCCUUCUAAUUUGCCUUACAUUGACUUUGUUCAAGAUGUGGGACCACUAUUUCCAGUGAUUAUGACCCCAGAGCAUACCAUCAGCCCAAAACUUAGUAGGAUAAAUGAAACAAAGCGCCCAAGGACAUCCAGCGAGUCGGAGAGCGACGAUGACACUCCACUUUCGUUCAUUGCCAAAGGGCAGAAAGAAUCCACGAUGGACAACGUGUCAAAAAACACGCUGUCCGAGAUCCAGCAGCAGCUUGGACACAUGACCCAGGCUCUUCGCAUUCUGCAGGAACAACACGAGGAGGAAAAAAAUCAGCGAGUGCUGCUAAUAGAAGAGAUUCACGCACUUCGAGAGGAACAGCAACGCCAGGCAGAAGAAAACCGCAAAAUCCUUGAGACCUUUAAGAAUGUCAUGGCUGUUAUUUUGAAUAUAUUUGGCCUUGUCAAGGGCAGAAUUAAGCGAAGGGAGUCUAACAGCCGCAAGGCCACAGCCGAAUCCUGCACACCAGCCCAAACAUUACCUGGUCAUCCCCAGACUACAUGUUAGCCGACUGGGGAGCCUCCCAUGCCGUCCCUAAGGCCGCCUCCUGUCACUGUUGUGGAAGGGAAGGUGUGCAUCCCGGUGCAGAACCGAGACACAAGCGCUGAUGCCGCCGCAGUGUACCAACCAGUUGAAAUCAGUGCCGAGGAGUAAGAAACUAAGAAUCUCUUCGCAGAAAAUUGGCAAAGGCGACAACAUUUGUGAGGGGGUUGUUGCCCAAUUUUUCAUGGCAGAUGUCAUGAGACGUUCGAACUUUGAUGGUUCUACCGUUUUGACCAAGGACGGACAGAUCACAAAGGAACGUUUAGAUAGACAACUAGUCUUGGCCAUGCUAGACCAAGUUGAGCUAGAGUUUCCUGGGCAAGUUAGUGGCAAGAACUUUUCACAGAUUCGAGCAGUAAUUAAUGACUAAUGCCGACAUAGCUAGAACAACAAUCGCUUUGUAGUACGAAAACAUGUGCACAGGUCAUCCUAUUUGUGCCAAACUAUAUCUAUUAAUUUACAUGUGCCUGUCUUGAUUAAUUUGUUCCAUUUUUUUAAUCUCACGAUAAUGGCUUCCAAAACAUCGCAAUGGUGUUUGUCUUCCUACGAGAUCACACGUAAUUAUCUGUUUUAUGAUUAUAUACUAGUUCAGAAAGAGGCUUAAACCAAAAACUAAAAGCAAUUGGGAUUACAGUUUAGUAGAAUUAAUUUUUGCCAUCCUUAUGGUUUGUUAAAGAAUUUUAAAAAUCACUGUUUUUUGUUAAAAUAUUUCAGCGCGGGGAAACAAACCAUAGUAAAUAUUUCAUGUGCAUGGAAACAUCACUUUGUGUCCUUAGGAAUCAGUGCCUGUUCUUUGUAUUGUCAAACUCCGUAGCAAAUUUACAUCUACAUUAAAAAACGAAUUCUGAGAUGAACAUCUUAAGUACGUUAGAUGGAAGCAGUUCUUGUGAGUAGAAGGUGAGUGUCACAGUUUGCUCACUUUAGAGUCACUUUAGAGUAACUAGAAGGAUUAGAUGCAGGCCGGAAAAUGAUUGUAACAAAACACAACCUGUACUAUUCACAAUACUUGAUAUGAAUUAAUAUACAAAAUUUCUUGAUUCUAUCAUACAAAAUAUACACAAUUCUGUGUUUACAAUCAGAUGUCUCUCAAGUGAGCGUAGCUACAACUCCGUGGUCAAAAUUACAUUAAACUUAUCAAAUGAAUGUGUCUAUUCACACACGCAUGAAAAUCAGUAUUUUCAAUUAAAGUAUUUACAGGUAAGCAUGGGUGAAUUCAAAUUUCAAAUUCACUUUAAAGUCACAAAUCUAGUGCAUCAAAGAGAUAUAUACUUGAUAGUUUUCAAUCCCUUGUAAUUUAAUGCUGUAAAAUUUCAGCUCUGAAAAGCACUUAAAAAUAAAAGAAUUAUCAAUCGAAGUUCUUCCGAGGAAAAUCAGUAUUCCAAAGAAAACUUCCAGACAAAUGUCAGUAUCAAUUCAAUGAAUUUACCAGGUAUGGAGGAAUUUAGUUCACUAGGCGAAAUGCCCAACAAAUUGCAGUAUAAACUCCGGAGAAAACAAGGUUGAUUAAAAGUAUACCAUAAGCUGGAAUAAUCUGAAAGGCUCAAGGCAUGUAGUGAAAGAUCUUUCAGUCAAAACUUGCAAGUGUUAUUACUAUGUCUGCUCUCAAUUUUAAAAUGUCUGACAUACAGUUUGAUUAAUAUCAAAUUCGUCCCUCCUUGAUUACAAGAAUCCGCCCUUGCUAGCUUGCUCAUCAACUCUGGCACAUCUGCGGGACCACCUCCGCAACUUAGAAGUGAACCCUCACUGCAGCGUGCUGUGACCAAAGUUACAUCGGAAUUCAAGAACCAGCCAUCGAGCAUAAGGAGGAAUGGAACUCAACCAGUCUUUGAGCCAAGCAUUUUUCUGAUCUUGGAAUGUCAAUGAGCCGCUACAAUGAUCCUCACAACCAAUUUUACCUCAUAAGCAGCCUGACAAAUCUGCUACUAGCCGUGGCAAAUGGCGCAACUGUCACAGAUGGAAUGUGAAUUGUGGGAUGGCGUGGUUGGAAGUUGCCCAAGCAAGACAUUAAUAACAAAUUAACAAAGCAAACCAAGUGUUCAGAACAAAAUUACAAGUGUAGUUUUAAUUCUGUGAGGCUUUAACAGAAAUCUUCAGAACAUAUAAUCUUCAAAAUAAACAGAAAAAUAAACGAACAUGAAUGGAUUGCGAAAUGAAAUGAACAAGCUUUUGCAACUGCA